AUGUCUGUUAAACAUCGUGAGAGACUUGAGAAACUAAAGCAAAAUUCAUUGAAUGAUUCCAAGAGCAAGACAAAGAAUUCCCGAUUUGUUGUAAACUACCGACACUAUUUUCGAGACGAGACUUUCGUAUAUCUGGUUACUGAUCUUUGCGAGGAAACGCUGAAAGACCAUGUUCUUUCCCGAAGUAUAGACGACCUUAAAAAAAAAGGUCGACGUAUGAUUAAGGAGAUCUUAACUGGUCUGCAAUUUCUUCACGAUCAAGGAAUUUUGCACAGAGACCUCAAACCAUCAAACGUCUUGGUCGACAUUGGGGGUCAUAUGAGAUUGGCAGACUUUGGAAUAACGUGUUUUGAAGGCAGACGAAACUCAGUUUAUACUAAUGCAAAAGGAACUCCAGGAUGGAUGCCUGCGGAAAUAAUUGAAGCAAUAGGUCAAAAAGUAGAAUCUCGUUAUAAGAAAAGUCUGAUAUUCAAGUUACUGGAAUGA